AUGGCUCGGCUUCAUAUAAUAGCAUCAUUGAAUGCUCUACUAAUCCUUCCUUACACUUUGUCUUUAGGUUUGCCAUUUGCUGCUGAGAUCCAGACUGUUCUAAGGAAUUCUUUAUCUCGAUUGGGGGCAAUAGAGCAAGGGGAAAUACAUUACAGUGAAGCCCCGAAGACCGAAAGACCUAUUAAUCUUGAGCAAUAUUCCGAAGACAUAGUGGUCAGAAUAUGGCUUCAGAAUGCUCAACUCACUAAUAAAAUCUUGAAGAAAGAGCUUGGAGAUAUUAAAUACUCAAAAUGGGGUAAGAGUAAUGUGGAUGAAAGUAUAGAUAUACAAUUAAGGGCUGAAGAUCUCAUAAACCUUAAGCGUAACGUUCCUGAAAUCCGAUACGAGGUCAUUAUAAGUGAUUUAGCGCAAAAGGUAUGGGAGACAUACCCAAAGGAAAUUUAUGCGGAAUCUGUACGAGGUUCUCUGGAUUACAGAUAUCGGAUUACUGAAGAAGUAGUCGAGGAGACAAAAUUGAAUCCUUUGUCGGAGUUAUUUUUCAAGGACUACAGGCCCUUAGAGACUAUCAACGCCUGGAUGGACAUUAUAAAACAAUCGUAUCCGUCGCUUCUUACAAUAGAAGAAAUUGGAAGGACACAGGAGAAUAGGCCAUAUAAUAUUAUCCACCUUUCCGCACCCAACGACGAUACAGACCAUAGUGACAGGAAAACUGUAGUACUCACAGGAGGAGUACAUGCAAGAGAGUGGAUAUCAGUGUCUUCAGUUUUGUAUGCAGUUUACAAGUUAAUUUUAUACUAUGAAAAUAAUCCAAGUCAACACGGCAUAUUAUCUAAGCUUGACUUUAUAUUCAUUCCAGUCUCCAACCCCGAUGGAUAUGAGUAUACAUGGACUAAUGAUCGAUUAUGGAGAAAAAACAGACAAGAAACGUCUGUAGCAGGUUGCUACGGAAUUGACAUAGAUCAUUCUUUUGAUUUCCAUUGGACAAAGUCCACGGAUUGGGCUUGCGGUGAAGAGUAUAGCGGGGAGUUUCCUCUCGAAGCUACUGAAGCUAAACUUUGGACUGAUUAUUUAAACAAAACAAAUAAUGAUCACAAAAUUUUUGGCUUCAUCGAUUUGCACUCCUAUGCGCAAGAGGUUUUGUAUCCGUAUGCAUACUCUUGUAACCAACAACCAAGAGACGAAGAAAAUUUGAUUGAAUUAGCUUUUGGGAUAGCGAAAGCAAUAAGAUUACAAUCAGGAAAAACUUAUGGUGUCCUUCCAGCUUGUAUUGAUAAAGAUUCGGACUUGUUACCUGACUUAGCCUCGGGUAGUGCUUUAGAUUUCAUGUACCAUGAAAAAGCAUUUUGGGCUUAUCAAUUAAAGCUUAGAGACAGCGGAAACCACGGGUUUUUAUUACCGAGUAAGUAUAUCGAACCAGUUGGCGAAGAGACAGUAGCAGCACUUCAAUACUUCUGCUCUUUCAUAUUAAGUAACGACUAA